AGAGAGAGAUUGUUCUUAUGACAGAGUAGGCACUCCUUUUCUCUUUAUCUCCUGCUGCAUUUCUCCCACACACAAGGCAAAUAAAAAGCUCAUCUCGACUUUGAUAUCGCCUCGAUGGCUGAUACAAACGGAACACAGUUUCCUGACAGCGCAGUGAACCAGCUCUCAACAAGCCCCAACAUCUCAAGCAGCCCAUGGCAGGCAGGGGUUAGCAAGGGAGCUCAAAUUACAGCUACUCUGGUCAUCUUCCUGGUGGGGGUCCCUCUGAAUGGGCUGGUGGUUUGGGCACUUGGAAUGCGGGGUCAACGUCACCUGGUGCGCAGAGGCAGCAAUGAAGAGACGCGUGCUGCCAGCAGUUUCCGUAUCUACGUCCUGAACUUGGCCCUGGCUGACCUGGUGCUGCUCCUGCGUACCCCUCUCAUGCUGGGCUUCGUCGCCCACGACUACAGCUGGCCGUUUGGGCUUGUCUUCUGCCGCAUAACCAUGUUCCUGCGAGGCCUGGGGUUAUACGCCUCUGCUUUCCUUCUCUGUGCUGUUGCACUGGAGCGAUGCCUGUGCCUCCUGAGGCCUGUGUGGGCUCGACUGCGGCGCCCCUCCUGGGCCGUCCCCCUGGCCUGCGGCAUGUUAUGGCUGUUGGCCACUGUCUUCUCUGCCCCCUACCUCCACAGUGCCGUCCUGAUGGAUGUUAACGGGAGAUCCUUAUGUUUGGAGAGUGGGAAGUUUGACAUGGGGUUGUUUGUCACAGAAACGGUAGCUGGUUUCCUCCUGCCCCUGCUGGUGUUUUUGGGAAGUAACCUGGCAGUUAUGUUCACCGUUCAUCAAACAGUGCCCACAACGCCCACAUCACCCAACUCCGCCACCUCCCCUUUAACUGCCCGCAGGAUGACCAGGAUGUACCAAGUGCUCUUUAUCACCAUGCUCCUCUUCCUCACCUGCUGGGUGCCCUAUUUUGUCUGUCGGUUCCUGAAGGCCUUGGCCGAGGGACGUCCUGAGCGGGCCGCGCUACGUGAAGGAGCAAUCACUGGCUUGUACAUAUCCCUGUUUCUGGUGUACAUCAAGAGUGGUCUUAACCCUGUGCUCUACGUGUUCGCUGCCCGAGGCUUAAGCCGUGCCAUCAAGGCCUCACUGGUCUCCACUAUUGACCGCCUUUUCAACGACGACUCCUCAGAGUCCAUUCGAAGGAAGUCACUUAAAAACUCACUGAAGAACUCACAGAUAUAGCCGAGAGGUUAAUAAAACCAUGAAUGUCCUUAAACAUGUCAAAUGUGUUAAAUGUGACUUUUAACAGGUUGCUUUCUCCACUUGCAUAAAUUGCUCAUGCCUCCCCAUGAAAAAAAGUGGAACUGUGUAAAUAAAAGACUUUAGGGGAUGAGUUACUGUAAAGCAAUGUGUGCGCUUUAGGCUCGUGUUUUGUAAAUGAUUCUAAAUGUCAGAGCAGAUGGCAAAAUAGCAAACAGGAAGCAAUAUAUAAGAAUUGUAUUCAAAACAUUCAGUUCACUAAAAACAGUGAAACAGUUCACUAAAAUUAUCGACAGAAUGUGAAGAAAUAAUUGUGAUGUUAUGAGGCCGAGGCUCUUGUGUUGUGUUGGAGGGAUGUGUACUGAUGCUAACCAGCUAGCGCCGGUUUCGACCGCUGGCCUAUUCUUACAUAUUGCACCUCACAUUUCCUAUAUGUUGGGAUGAUAUCCUGCAGACUGAUCUGACCAUAAUUUAAGGCGAUUUGAGUUGAGUCAUUGUUACAUGGGGACAUGACAGAAGUGGUUGUAAACAAACAAACACUUUUUGACAGAACAUUCCCCUUCAGUGGGGAUUCUUGGCAUUAAAAACUUUGGCGUAUAGGCUUGGAUCAAUGGUGCCACACACCAGGAUGUCAGAGGACGAAGCUCAACUCCCAUGAUUUGUCAAGCGGAUUGUAUGUGUAAAAAUGUGGCCAAACAGUGAAAAGCUGAAACGAGAGCACACAUCACAGCAAAGACUGAACCGGGCUUGGUUUUUUGAUACUGUAUAUGGCCGCAAGUGGCAUCAGCAAAACUGGAUGACUGAGGACUUAAAAAAUGCUUUCGCAUCUGUUGCGGCAUGUUGAUGGGAGGGUCCUAACUGGGCACGAAAGUGAUAUCAUGAAUCAUCUUGUCCCUUUAUUAGUGGGCAGGAACACCUUCAUGAUAAACAAGGAGCCGGGUUGAACACAGCGAUAAGUUUAAUGCCAGAGUUUACUGGCCUCGGGGUAAUCAUUGUUCUUAUGGAAUCCUCCAUGAUUACGCACCAUUAAGUUUGCACAUGCUGCCUCAGAAUGGAGCGUAGCAAUGAAUGGACCUUAUCAGUGUCAACUGUGACUCAGACUCAUCUAAUCUGUCAUGACAGACAAAAGAGAUAAAACUGUAAUCAAUGGUAGCACUUUACAUUAGUUGUCUUUCUGUAUUAAAACGUGAAUAAACAAAAUUGAAUUUCUUUAAAUGGCCUCUAUUUAAUUACAUUUGAGCAUACAGUCAACUGAUGAUACUCCGCUGAGGCACGCACUCUUGCCUUCAAGGUCAAAAGAGGAAGAAUUUCGAUGAUGAACAACCUGUCGGUCUUGAUACGCAGGUACAAUGAUUCUUCAAUGGUGUUUUUAGGCUCACAUUGUGAAAGAGAAGUUGGCUAACCUUUCUCCCUACAGAAAAAAAACAAGACCAAAAGAAAAAAAGAAAAAAAAACUGAGAGCUCUUAAAUGCAGAAGGUGGAAAAAUGGAGAAGUAGGAUUCUGGUAGUCGAGUAGUUUCAACAGAAUCACCACAGAACCACAACAUCCGUGGUUUGAUUCAUGCCCCUUCCCCCCCCCUUCUCUUGUCUGCUGCAAUAUUAAUCAGCUCCAGUAAAGGCAAAAUGCCAAAAAAUAAUCUUUAAUAAUCUUUCUCUAAAUAAGAAAGACACAAAAUUUCAGAGGGUGCAAGGAGCAGCAUGGUGCAAAGAGUAAAUGCCAUUUUACAGCAUUUUCAAGAGAAAUAAAUGGCAGUUUUUGUCAUUUGUUAGGGGUCAAUAAGAUGUAGACCUCAAACACUUAUUUUGCAUUUGUUUUGAAUAUAUAUCCUUUUCACCAUAGCAUUGAACAAGUUCCCUUUUCACUUUAAAGACGCCAUGCGCCUGAGCUAGCACUGACUUCACAAGCUUGUGAAAAUCUGAUGUUAUAUCAGUAUUUGAUCGCAAAGCUUCUUAUGAUGUGUUAUGUCUUCAAAUGCCCCUCAUACAUUUUCGGGCGGGUUGAGGUCGGGCGGCUCUGGAGAAAAGGUCCAUGGCAGUCAGGUCUUCAAGUGUUUCAAGUAGUAAGCUUUGAGGUAUGUUUGGGCUCAUUAUCCUGCUGCAGUAUGACUCAGUCUCCAUAAAGAUCAAACCAGAGGGUGUGGCAUGUCUCUGUAGAGUGGAGUGGUACUUCUCCUUGGUCAGGGUGGAGUCAAUUCUGUGAUUCUGUGCAGGUAACCAAGAAUCCCAGAAUAUCCCCACCACCAUGUUUCACUGUGGGCUUGAACACUGUGCUAUCAUUCUCUCUCCUGCUUGUCUCCUUAUGUACACUCUUCUGUUCCACAUGACAUUUCUUCCAGUCAUUCACUGUUUAAUUCUUGUAUUUCUUUUCCCACCCCAAGUGUUUGGCCUCGUUUCCUCCCCCGAGAACUGUCUUAGAAACAGCUACUCGUCUUCUAAGACCACUACAAAACAGUCUCCUUUUGAUAAGACUUUUGCUUUGUAUAUUUAGCAAACUCCGUGUCACUGAUGGCUUUGCUUUCCCAACACUGAGACUGAUGUAUCAAUGUUCUUCCAUGCUGUUACGCGUGCCCUGAAGAAACUGGUGAAAGGAGAGAUGAUGAACAUGCACACAACUAUACAAUGCAAAAAUAAGCUCUCUGAAAAGUCCCCAACGCUAUUCUGGGCACCAGGGGGAUAAUUCAAAAUUCAUAAUAUGCAGUGUGUUUCCUUUCUGAGUGAUAAACACUGCAGUCCGGCCACUGUGCGGACUCAAGACUAAUGUUGGUUACAGGCUUCUUCCCCGUGGCUGGAGGUGUCGCUCCCUCUCGGCGCUUCACUUCCUCUCAGGCUCCCGUGCUGUUAGGUUCCAGGCUGUCUGUGAUCGAGGCAGCUUUUUGUUUUGUUUUGUGCUUUGAGGAUGGAGGUCUGGUAGUUCUGUUUUGGGGGGUUUAGUUUGGUAACUUGGGUUAUUAUUUAUUUUACUCUAGGGAAGGAUGUCUGGGUCCUACGGCCCAUGGCAUGGCUGGCCCGGACUCCCUUCAUUCUUGUGUUUCUUUUUGACAGACCUCUAGACUCCGGUAGUGUUAAUUUUUGGUUGAUUUAUUUUUGCUCAAUUUAUUCUUGUACUUAAAUAAAUCUUCGGGUUGUGACUCUUUUAAUAUGUUUCUGGCCUCAGAAUGAGUCAACUUUUAGUUGUGGCCGUAACACAUUUGGGGGCUAGUCAAACAAUUGAAAGUUAAAGCUGUUUUUUCGAGAGUAUAUGAGCUGGUGCUGGAGGCUUAUCGCCAGAAGUUUCGUAGGCUUAAGAAGUUGGAGUCACACACGUAUGUCGAGUUUGCUCGUGAGACAGAGACGUUAUUUAGUAAGUGGUGCUCAGCACAAGGGGUUAAAACUUGGGAGAUCUUAAAGCCUUGGUGCUUAUGGAGGAGUUUAAGAACUGCUUGCCUGAGAGAGUUGCUACUUAUUUGAGUGAGCAGAGGGCUGUGAAGCUUUCUGACGCAUCUAUUCUUGUGGACAAAUCUGUGCUCACUCCUAAGUUUGUGUUCUGAGAGAUGUCUGUGCCAGUACGCAUUAAUGAUAACCAUUAAUGAUGAAGGAAGAUUCAAGUGUUUAUGGUGUGCCUUUUAAGUCUGGAAGGUCCAGUAGUGCGCAAGGGAGGCCUAAGUUGAUCAGAGAACUAGGGAGGGCCCAGUAUGUUUACUGGAAGCGUGGCCACAUUGCGGCAAAUUAUUAUGCUUUGCACGAAGAGAAGAGGCUUGUGAAAACUUUUGCUCUUGUUAAGACAGUCCUGUGUCUGAUUUAACCCCAGUGUCUAGUCAGUCUGAGCUUGAAGUUUUUGCUUGAGCUUGCAAACCUUAGCCACCUUGUGUCUAGCCAUGAUUUGACCUGACUUUGUACUGCAGCAGGAUAAUUUGCCCUAACACACAUUAAAGUUUUGCAAGAACUGAGAAUGCCAAGCGUUCUUGUGAGAUCACGAGAAGCUCUGUGAGACACAGUUAAAUCAUGCCGAGUUAACAUGAUUCUUCAGGUUUUGUACAAACCCGUGGAGCCGAUGCCACCUUCAGUGCCUGGAGCAAAAGUGGGACACACCAAAUACGAAGAUAUUUUGAAAAACAUGGACAUUUUUCAAAAACCCAACUUUUCACUCACAUUGUUAAGCUGAUAUUUUCAUUGGUAAUAAAAACAACUGUUUUUUUUGUUUAAUUUUAUUUGACCAAAAUACACAAACUUAAAGAAAUUUCAUGGUGUCAGCUUAUUUCCUUACAUUUCUGUCUGCUACUACUGCUGAAAAUUUGUUGUUUUUCUACUCAUACUGGCUAAAAUUUUGGGGGGUAGAAUUUUGAUUAUUGCAGAUGUUCCAAAAUCA